GCCCUGGAGUUAUAACCAAAAAGCAAAAGGAUGUUAAGCAUGACCUGGGGAAAAGUGAGAGAGGUCCAGUGUUACCAAGAAUGCCGUUGUCUUCUGGCAAUAGUAGAGAUUGGAGGACUGAUUCUGUGGAUCUAGGGAAGGCCAGUUCAGGCUCCAACAAAUGGGUUUUGACACCAGAAACUGAUGCUCUGAAGGACAGCACCAGAAGUACUGGUAACAUGAAUGGUACUUCGUGGAAUGUAAGAGCAGGCCAUUCCCCAAUGCAGCAGCGCACCUCUGAUAAUUCUCAAUUUAGGUUAUUCUUGGACUCUUACAGCAGAGAAAGAGAGCAGAAGAAACAAAGAAUGGAACGAGCUAAGCAGCAUCCCUCCACCCCAGUAAAGGCACUCUCCGGAACAAGCGUAUCAAAUCAGGGCAAUGGAUGUAACUUAAGGAAGAGAUCACACUCUACAUCAUGGGAGGCUCCUUCAGAUCAAUCUUCUGAAUCGAAACUGUCGUCAAAACCCAAGGUACCUUCUCCAAACCAAUCAGGACAGUCAUCUGAAAAACCUGUUAACCUGUUGAAAAGCCAGUCCUUUCCAUCACUCUGCCUUAACUCGGAAACUUCUUCUGAACUGUCCAAAUGCACAGAGUUUCCUGGAAAAAGAAAACGGGUCUCCGUGGAUACGGAAACGAAAAAUGAAAAAGAUAACUCUUCUCCUGUGGAUUCACGUUCUGGAUGCAGUGCAAGUACAGAUGAUCAAAUGUGUGUUGCAGAUUCCAAAGAAAAUCAUUUGCAAGUAACUUGCUCACAACUCUCUUUGGAAAAGUCUUGUCCUUUUUCUCAAGAAAAAACUGGCAUAAUGACUUCUCCUCAUCAGUUAACAAGAAUUCAUGCAGACACUGUGUAUACAAAAGAAACAAAAUGCCUACCACAUUCCUCCCAGGUUCAGAUGGCCACUGUGUCAUCUUUGGUAUUGGGUGCUAAGAAAGAGCAAGACGGACUGAGACCAACAGAACCUGUCCUCUGUAAAGCUGGUAAUACACAGCAUCCCUCAGAUUUACACAGAAGCUUUUCUAAAUCAAAAAAGAAUGGUGAAAAAACCUCAGAAGAUGCUUGUAGGCUUCUGAGAGUGGAAAUUUCUGAGAAGCCUUUAUCUUCAGUAAGGACUGGUAAAAAAAGGGUUGCACGUUCACUGUCUUUUAAAGGUGCAUGUUCAGCUAAUAACCCUAGCUCUUCACAGUUUUUAAAUGAGUUGGACACUGAAAGCCACACAGUAGAGACUUCUGUGCUGAAUGGGAAUUUAAGGAACAGUUUUGAUAGUGAAGAUGAGAGUAUUGAAUGCAAUCUGGAAAGUGAAGAAGAAGAAGAAAUACUCUUACCACUGCAGGAAAUCCUGUCUUUGAGUUCCAAGCCACAAAGUAGAACCCCAGACAGAGCUUGUCUUCAGGAUCUUUCACAGGAUACCAUGUCUCUCUCACCAAAACUUCCUCUUCUAAAGCUUACCGUUGCUACUGAAGUGUCUUAUGUAAACAGCCUGGAGCAUCUUGUGAAGGAGAAAGAAGAAUCCAAAAGGGUAGAUGAAUUGGAGAAGCAGCUACAGAAAGACAUUCAGCGAACAGAAGUAAGUUCUUCAGUUGAAGUAGAGGAUGAAAGCACCCAAGAAGAUGGAGACCUUUCAGAAGAGCACAGGGCAUUUUUACAGAGAUUUUCAGUAAUAACUGAUGCCAUUCCUGAUUACCACCCUGGGGAAGAGAUAUUUCACUUCUCAAACUCUGGAAGAAUCUUCAAUCAGCGUAACCUUGACUUGAGGAAUUUUGGAUUCAACUCUCAAAAUCCUAUAGAAAAACUCCUCCUUAGCUCUGAAGUAAGACAGCAGCUUUCUUUAACAACUCAGGGUUUCCUCAGUUCUGCUUACAGUUGUACUCAGUGCCCCAUGCCAGUUUUAAAGUGGCUGUUUCAGAUGAUGUCAGUUCAUUCAGACUGUUAUGUUUCAACACGGAUGUUGGACAUGUUGAUGGAGAUAACAAUUAAAAAUGCUUCUACUGGUGCUGAACAUUUUAGACCCUGGGUUCCCUCCCUGUCUGAUGUAUCGGCUGUGUUGAUCAAUAUGGGAGUUCACUUUGGCACUCUCUUUCCUCUGAAACAUCUUCAGCCCAACUUCAGUGAAGGUGAUAUUUUUAGAUCCAAAAUGCAAAUGUUAGUGAUGAAACCAGCAAGUGGAAACAUCUCUUCAGGUCCAGCUUUCUCUUGUCUGCCAGAAACCAAUCUAAUUAAUGUAAUCAAGUUUUUAGUUUUUUGUACAACUAUAUAUCAGGAUGUCUAUACAGACCAAGAAUUAUUGCUACUGCUGUUACUGCUGUUCAAAAUAAGCCUGGAAAAACUAUUGAAGCAAAUUCCGUUAAUAGACCUUCAGUGCCUUCUGAUAAAACUGCUGAAAAGUAUAAGAGACUGGGAUGCCAAGAUGUCUGAACUGUGCCUGGCAAUGAGCGACCUUUCUAGUCACCACCAUGACCUCCUGUGGUUGGUUCAGCUGGUCCCUAGCUGGGUAACACGUGGAAGACAAGUAAGAAGAUGCCUUAGCCUCGUGAUCAUUUCAAAAUUUCUUAAUCAAAAGAAUACAAGAAUACCAGCCACCAGUGACCAGCAGCUCUCUCUCCUGUGUCAGUAUCUGGCAUACAUAAAGCCUUCUAGUAUAUUAAAAAAGAAGUUAGAAGAAAGAAUGGACCAGCCGGCUGACCUCGGUGGAGAAUACCUUCAGACAGAGCUAGAGCAGCAGGCUUACUAUCUGACCUACGUUCUUCUUCACUUGGUCAGUGAAGUUUGUUGCUUUGAUGUUCUGAAUUCUAAUCGGAGGCAACACUUACUGAGGCUCUGCAGUGCCCUAGAUAAACAUGUGAAGUGUGAUAUUAGGGAAGAUGCAAGACUGUUCUACAGAACUAAGGUGAAAGACUUAGUUGCUAGGAUAUAUGGCAAGUGGCAGGAAAUGAUACAAAACUCGCGUCCUACUCAGGGGAAACUGCAUGAUUUCUGGGUGCCAGAUUCAUGAAACAUCAACCAGGUCAGAGGAAAAAAAUCAAAGAAACGGAACAAGAGCCUCUUCUGUCACCAAGAAACCCUUUGCAAGUUGUGUGAAAUUUUCA